AGCUCUGUGUUGUGUCAGUGGCGGGUGGUUGAGGAGAACUGAAGCCCUGUGCUGUCUGGCUCCGGCCCUGGAUCCUCCAGUUUGGCCAGAGCCCAGCUGCAGAGGGAGGCGGAGAGGCGCUGCCACACGGUCCGCUUCUUCUCUCCUGCCUCCGGGACAUCCAGUAGUCAUCCAAUCCGGAGAGCGAAACAUUCCAUCUCUCCUGCUGACAGUAUUAGGGACUGUGAAAGACAACAAGGCUUUCGACGAGCUGCUGGCGCUGUAGUUUUGCGGGGAAAUUUAGCGAAGGACGCUCAGUAACUUUACAAAGUCCAGGCGGAUGCCAACGAUGCGCAGACUGUGCCUCCCUCUUAGCGUUGUGUUACUGUGCGGUUUUGUCCGGCCUCAGCAGCUGCUGCUACCCGGCUCCUGCAACUUCGAGAUGGGGACCUGUGGUUACAUAUCAGACCCAAACUAUGGCAGAUGGAGCAUGAAUGAAGAAGGGCAUUUGAUAACAGUGGACUCCAUCUACUUAGAAGACCAGGAGCAGGCAAUUCUUGUCAGUCCAGUUCUGGACCAGCGGGACUGGAGCUGUGUGAGGCUGGUGUAUCAGAUCACUGGACGCGGUUCCCUGCAGCUACACUUAAGACCAGACAGUGAUAACUUUGACUACCGGCUCUGGACUGCCAACAAAUCCUCUGACAGCUGGCUCAUUGCUAGUGUGGACCUACCAAACACCACCAUCCCCUACCAGAUUUUGCUGGAAGGUCAACCUGAAAAGGGCUCUGAGAACAGCGUGGCCAUCUUUGAAAUCCACAUUGUUCCUGGUUACUGCAUAGAAUGUAAUUUUGAGGAACAUCACCUGUGUGGCUACAGUAAUAGCUGGAACCCAAAUGUCAACUGGUAUGUUGGCGGGAGUGUGGCUAGAGAGUCUAACCUGCUUGAAAAUCACACCAGCAAUAACCAGAGAGGCCACUACAUGUAUGCAGACUCUGUGUAUGCCAAACAGUUCCAAGAGGUUGCCAAGCUGACCUCACCCAUGACCACAGUGCCCAUGGAAGGCUGCCUGUCCUUCUACUAUCUCCAAGACCAGGAAAGGGGAAACAUUUUUUCAGUUUUCACUAGGGACCAGCUGGGCCACUAUGAGGAGAUCUGGAGGCCAGAGGUGUAUACUACUGCAGACUGGACUCUGGUCAGUGUUGACAUCAAGGCCCCACACCCCUUGGAGGUGGUGUUUGAGGUGGCUUUCAACAGUGCCAGAGGUGGAUAUGUGGCCAUAGAUGACAUUUCCUUUUCCCCUGUAUUCUGCCACACUGACACAGAGCCAACCUUUGACCCAACUAUAGCCAACUGUGACUUUGAGAAUGGCCUGUGUCUGUACUAUCAGGAGAGGGCAGAGAGUAAGGCGUGGAGUGUAAUUUCAGUCAAGCCUAAUGCCUAUAGGAUAGGGGACCAUACCACAGGAACCGGGUCUUUUCUCCUGGCAAACACUCGUUUCACUUCGAGACCUGGUUAUGUUGGUCGGCUUCAUGGCCCAUUUUUGUUUGGAAACCACAAAUACUGUCUCAGGUUCUACUACAUGCUUCAUGGGUUUAGGAAAGUAGACAAUGCUCUGGUUCUUUAUAUUUAUGAUGAAAAUAAUGUGGCUCAGGAAAAGGUGUGGAGUCUGACGGACAUUUCCCAUGCUGUGUGGACUGAAGUAGAGAUCACCUACAUGAAGCCCAUGUUGACCAAGAUAGUGUUUGUCAGCAUAUGUAAGAACUUCUGGGAAUGUGGCCUCAUAGCCAUUGAUGACAUCACUGUGAGUCUGGGGGACUGCCAGAUGACAGCAGCCACCCUCCCAUUCCAGUGUAACUUUGAAAGUGGAGUAUGUGGCUACAUACAGGAUAAGAAAGGAGAUCAGGCUGACUGGCUGCGAGUCCAAGGACACACCCCCACUUCCUAUACAGGACCCAGAGGAGAUCACACCACUGGAGUGGGUUAUUUUAUGUACAUUGAGGCGUCACUCAUGCGUCCAGGGGACAGAGCUCAGCUGCUAACCUCUGACCUGCGGGGCUCAUCAACUCUUCAGUGUUUGGUAUUCUUCUACCACAUGUAUGGAUCAGGCACUGGCAUACUGAGUGUGUACCUGCGCCAUGGCAGCAAAGAGAAAGACACACUGCUGUGGAGACGGCGUGGUGAGCAGAGUGUCAGCUGGAUGAGAGCGAUGGUGGAUUACCACUGUGAUGUCCAACACCAGAUUAUAUUUGAAGCCAUCCGAGGUCCAUCACUACGAAGUGAUAUUGCUAUUGAUGACAUUCUUUUUAAAAGGGGGCCGUGUGAAGAUUCCAGUGACAUCACACCAUACUCAGGAUCUUCAGAGUAUUUCAAUGAGAUUGAAAACUGAAUCUGAUGGGAAGUCUGUUGUGGUAGUUGCUCAGAGUUGACUGAAAUGGUUUUUCAAAAGUGUGGAUGCUUAAUUGGUUCAGACACAGUUUCUCCUUCUGAGACUGUCCACUGUCACAUUCCCAUUAAAUCUAUGCCAAAUCACACAGUUACAAUUCAGUGCUAUGCCUUAUCAGGAAGUUGCACAAGUUUUUUGUCACUUAAUUUUAAGAUACAAUUUAAAGCUGAUAUUUGCUUUGGUACGUGUGAUGUUAUUUCUAUACUUACAUCAAGACAUAAAUCAAGUGUUUGUCCAGUUGCUUUUGAGGAGAAAUGAUCAAGGACCCUUGCUUCAAAAUUUGACUUACUUUUUCCUUUCAUUUAUUUUACUUGCUAAAUUGUCACCAGAGGUACACUGUCUCACUCACUGCUUUGCUUCAACAUGAGGAUGGGAUAAUGCAAAAAUAUUGGGAGAAAUGUAUCCAGGUAUCACCAUGUACAUCUUCAGGAGAGCACAUGAUCACAGAAAAUCAGGGGCGUGGACUCAUGCAUAAAUUGACAUUCUCUAUAGCAACUCCACAGUUUACCAAAAAAAAAAAACACAAUCAGGCAUAACAUUAGGACCACCUGCCUAAUACUGUAUUGGUCCUCUUUAUGCUGCUAAAACUCCUCUGACCUCUGGGGAUGUCCUGUGGCACUGGGAUAGUGGCAGUGAAAUGUGUGGGUCCUGUGGGUUGCAGGGUGGGACCUACCUAGAUCAGGCUUAUCCUGGCACAUCCCAUAAAUGUUCAGUCUGCGGAGUGUGAAACCCAGGUGAAUAGAUUUGCUUUGUCGUGUUCCCUGGGCCACUCCUGAGCAGUUUUUGCGAUGUGUCCGGGUACAUUGUCCUGCUGAGGGGGGAAACUGGCAUUAAGGGCUGCUGUUGCUUUGGGGGGUGUAGGGUUGAGGGGUUGUUUGCAAUGUUUAGCUGGGUGGUACAUGUGAAACAUCCACAUGAAUGUCACAACUCAAGGUUUCCCAGCAGAACGCUGCAUUAUAACAAGAUGAAUGAUGUUAUUCACUUUACCUGUCGGUGGCCAUUAUGUUGUGACUGAUCGGUAUGCAUACUGCCAGUUUAAAAUUUGGGUACACCUUCUCAUUUAAUGUUUUUUCUUUAUUUUCAUGACUAUUUACAUUGUAGAUUCUCACUGAAGGCAACGAAAUUAUGAAUGAACACAUGGAAUUAUGUAGUAAACAAUAAAGUGUGAAAUAACUCAAAAUAUGUUUUAUAUUUUAGAUUCUUCCCAAUAGUCACCCUUUGCUUUGAUUACUGCUUUGCAUUUCAUUUAUUUAUUUAUCAGGACAGUGUACAUUGACAUUAAGCUCAAGAGCAAAGAUGUUUGUACCAGACUGUAGCUUUUCAAGCUAAUUUCCAUCUGUAGUCCUUAGGGAAAGGGACGGGGGCUAAGGUACAAAUACACAUAAAAUACAUUUGACUAUUUUCAAAUAGUCCCAUUCAUAGAGUUACAGAAUUAAAACUCAUCAUUCUUCAAAACCAUCCGCACAUCUCAGCCAUUCAUCAUCCCAAGCAAUGCCUUUAUAAUCUCAUAAACUUAAUAACCUCACUCAUCACGUACAAGGUAACAUUCACUUCUACACAUCACACACUCUUAAUGUGCACAUCUCUGGUUCUCCAUAAACCAAUCUUUCACUUGUUUGGUGAAGGUUCUAUACUCACUUAAGCUCAGUAUUUCUGUGGGGAGCUUAUUCCAUUUCUUUAUACUUACAUAAGAAAAUGCAGACUUUGCAAUUGCGGAGCGAUAACUUGGGAUACUACAUUCCCCCCUAGUAUUACUUCUAGUUACUCUUUUAGCUGUGUCUGCAAUCAAAUGGACAAAAACUUUUGAGUGGCGGUGGGGCCAAGUUGUGGACAAUCUUGAAGACGAGUUGGACAUGUGAAAGAGAAACAAUAUUAUCAAAGCUAAGCAUUCCAUAUUUAUUCAGUAUGUGACAGUGAUGAUAUCUUUUGCUUUUAUUUAUCCAAUAUUUUGAGCGCGUUCUUGUAUAUGGAUUCCAGUGGUUUUAAACUGGUUUUAUUGGCCUGUGACCAACUGGUAAUGCAGUAGGAGAGGUGAGACAUAAUCAUAGCAUUGAAGAAGCUUUUGGCUGCUUCUAUUGAAAGGGAGUUCCGUAUAUUUCUGAAGGUGGCUGAGCUAUACUUUAAAGUUUUUAUCAUGUUUUCAUGUUGCACACGCUUAACAUUCUCUUGAUGAGCUUCAUGAGGUAGUCAUUUUCUGCAAUGCGCUCUUCAGACUUUAAAAACCAUUCAGUCAACACUCCUGUAAGCAGAGUGGCCUUUUAAACCUCAUCUGUGGCUGCAGCUGCAGAUUCAAAACACUAGCACACGUCAUCUCAGAACACAUAUAUGGUAAUGUAGGUUUCUGACCAAAAUUUACAAAUUCACUGAAUGUUUUUUAUCCUUGUUCCACUGCGACAAAGGACUUGAGUCUACUGUCUAUGCACUUACAGAUUGAUCACCUUAAGGAGAAGCGUUAUCAGCGUCUCUUUGAGGUAUAGAUUCUGUGUGCUAAAAGUAUUUCACAGGGAUUAGAUUCUUGCUGACUCUGUGGCACCAUUCAGGUCCUUCAUAUGCUAUUAUGCUGCAAAUUUCUGCAAACAUGUGAGGGCUAUCCUGUUCAUUUAAGUGUCAUGCUGUACACCACUGUUGAACUGUCAUUGUACCACAGACCUCAGAGAUGUAGGCUUCAAAGGUCUGAAACCAUGCUGUGCUCUGUUUGCCGACUCAGUAUUUCUUAUUCUUCUGAACAUUCUAUUAAGCCUGUUUUGCAUAAUUUUGUCAUGGCUGUUUUUUAAAAGCUGGAACUAAAAAUUUUAGAAACUGUGACAAUCCAUGGAUUCAAUUAGUUCAAAAUAUUCAAGUUUAAUACAACUUGCUUUGUUCCAAAUUUUAACAGAUGUGAGUGAAGUCUUAUAACACGAUUUUGGUAAAGCAUUUUGAAAACAACUUUCUUAGCUCUUGAGACCAGGCAGUUAAAUCCUGAUGUAUUCAUUUAGUAGUCAUCAGCCCCCCGCCCCCCC